CGCAGACGUGGCGCGCUCGGAGGAAAACGAUGCAUUGAUUGAUUGGAAUGAAAUAGAGAGAUAAAGAGAAGACAGUGGUUCCUUACGUGAAUUCAUGAUCAUCGGAAUUGGAUUGCCGGAGCGGUGUAGUUAUGGUGGCAUUGAAGCUGUUUCUAUUCGCCGUGCUAUUGUUUCCAAUCUUCGCCGGCAUCGGAGUCGAUUCCGAUGCUUCGAUUCCGAACGGUGAUGAACUGAAGGGGGACGCGAGGGUGGAUUCGUCCUUAUUGGAGCAGCUCAAGUCGAAGAUCCGUAGUCUAGAGCGCCAAGUAGAGGAGAAAACUCAAGAACUAAAGGAUAAAGACACAACCAUUGCCGAUAAAGAGAAGAUCAUCCAAGAGAAGUUAGACAGAAUUGUAUCAUUGGAAAAGCAAGUGGAGCAAUUGCAUGUGAAAAUCAAGGAAACAGAGCAAUUGGAAGCCCAAGUAGAUAAUCUUCAGAAGAUCAUUGAUGAGCAAGAACAAGCACUAAAACUUGCUGAGGAAGAAAUAAUGAAGGCAAAGGGAAAGGCUACAUCCAACACCAAAGAAUUGAUUAAGCUUCAUGAAGCUUGGCUCCCACCUUGGCUUGCUGUCUAUGUUGCUCGCGGUCAGUCACAUGUAGAGCAGCACUGGGAAGUGCAUGGGAAGCCUAUAGUGCAGCGGUUGACACAGAAGGCUAUGGAGAAGAAGACUCAUGUUGAAGAGUGGGCUGCACCUCACGUGGAAACGAUUAAAGUUAAAUUGGCACCAAUUAUAAAGAAACAGUGGGUAGUCAUUGAACCACACGUGCAAACAAUAACUACCAAAACAGUUGAGAUGUAUCAAACAUCCAAAAAGACCAUCUCUCCCCAUGUAGUUAAGGUUGUGGAAACUAUUACUCCUUAUUUUCAGGAAGUAAGGAAAGUCAGUGAACCAUAUAUCAAUCGUAUUGUUGAUGCAACAAGGCCUCAUGUUGAUUCAUUACAUACUGCUUUGAAGCCCUAUACACAGCCAGCAGUUUUUACCUGCGGAAAGUUCCUUGAGUCAGCAACAACGUACCACCACCACAUACAAGAGAGAGUCCAAGAGAAACUAGACGGUCAUGAGUUGACAAAGCCUUUUGCAACAAAAGAGCUAGUUUGGUUUACGGCCUCUGCACUGCUGGCUCUGCCCAUUCUAUUUCUCAUGAGAAUCUGCUCAUUUACUUCUCGGCACCCUUAGAUCAACCUCCGAGAAAGAAAAGCCCUUUUAAAUUGUAGUGAGAAUCUAGAAAGAAGCUUUUGUCAUGUUGUAAAAGUGUGGGGAUAGGUUUCUUGCAGCAUAAUACAUAUAUCCCGGAGAAGUUCCAAAUAGCAAUCGACUCGAUCAUACCUGCCAUGGACCUUUUAUCCGAGCAGUGCCGGUAAACUUUCUACAUACUUUUGGCCUUUGAAAGUGUCCCAAACUACAACAAUUGAAUUGUUUUGGUGUUUGUUUGUGUAUGUAAACUAUUUAAUUCGUUUGUUGUUCUUUAUUUAUCCUUUAUGAGUUGUUGCUUGAGCUGAA